CGCGAACUGCAAACUUCCUUUUCCGUGUUAAGCUGUCCAAUGUUGAAUUAAACCAACACUAACACAUAUAAUUCCUUAAGGCAAUAUGAACACGGAGCAGUCCGUUGAAACUAUUUGUGAAAGUCACUGCCCAGUUUCGACACCGGAGGGAAAUGACUCAAAGAAAGGACAGCUAAAAAGAACUCCAUUAUCAAAGUUUAAGAAAAUACAUUCCCACUUCAAGUCACCUCUUCAAGUACUUGAGAGUGCUAAAGUCAGCCCUGCAGAGGAGGUGGAGGAGCUAGAGAGGAGAAGAGAGCAGCUGGAUACAGAGAUAGCACAGCUGGAGGCUGAGGGCUAUAGAGUAGAGGAGCUGGAGCAUCAUAUUGAUAAGUUGCAUGAAUACAACGACAUCAAAGACAUUGGGCAGUCACUCCUGGGUCGUAUAG